AUGAAAAUGGUAGUAGCAUCGGAGCUGGGAGAUAAGGACAAAGACGCUUCCGAUAAUGAAGGUCCUCUCGGAAGCUGUGGAUUGGAAAAAGAUCACUUUUCCUCUGGUGAUGACGCAGUGGAAGCUGACAGCGAAGAUGAAGCUGAACCCCGUGAGGAUGACAAUGACAGUGCCGCAGAGGCUAGUGUGGGGACUAAUGCGGGCUGGGCAGAUGCCAUGGCUAGAAUCCUGAACAAGAAGAUUCCUGAGAGCAAACCCGCCAUCCUGGUCAGAAACAGAGAGCUGGAAAAGGACAAAGAGAAGUUAAAACAAGAGAGAUUAGAGAAAAGGAAACAGCUUGAUAAGAAGCGGGAAUGGGAAAUGAUGUGCAGAGUAAAGCCAGAUGUUGUCAAAGACAAAGAAACGGAGAGAAAUCUUCAGAGAAUUGCUACAAGGGGUGUGGUGCAGUUAUUUAAUGCCGUUCAAAAGCAUCAAAAGAAUGUAGAUGAGAAGGUUAAAGAAGCUGGAGGCUCUAUUAGAAAACGAGCUAAGUUGAUAUCCUCGGUUUCCAAGAAGGACUUCAUCAGUGUUCUGAGAGGGAUGGAUGGAAAUGCAAGUGAGAAGACUUCUGCUGGGAAGAACUCGAAAGCCAAACAGACUGAAGCAAAAUCAGAAGAGGGCCCAGGAUGGAAGAUCUUGCGUGAUGAUUUCAUGAUGGGCGCAUCCAUGAAAGACUGGGACAAAGAAAGUGAUGGAGCAGAUGAUGGCAGACCGGGGUCUGGGAGUGACUGA